GUGUGCUCUGAAACAGACUUAGCCAGGCAAGUGGGCUUUUUUUUAUUAUUUAAAAGAUCGCUGCUGGGAGAAGAUGCUGCAGGUCAACGAUGCCAAAUCUGCUGCUGGACUGCCCUGGUUUCAUAGUGGAUCUUCUUGGUCGGUUGGUACCUGGGCUGGAUUUGGGACCCACUUAACCCUUUGGAUAUGGCUUGUCACCAGCACCUACUCAAGGACCAUCCCUAACCCAAGCAAUGAAGUGAACUUAUUGGAUUCACGUUCUGUUAUGGGUGAUCUUGGCUGGGUAGCAUAUCCAAAAAAUGGGUGGGAAGAAAUUGGUGAGGUCGAUGAGAACUAUGCUCCAAUACAUACAUAUCAAGUGUGUAAAGUGAUGGAACAGAAUCAGAACAAUUGGCUCUUGACUAAUUGGAUAUCCAAUGAAGGGGCUUCAAGAAUCUUUAUUGAGCUCAAAUUUACUCUACGCGAUUGCAACAGUCUUCCGGGGGGACUUGGAACUUGUAAAGAAACAUUUAAUGUUUAUUAUUUUGAAUCAAGUGAAGAAGAUAGCAGGAACAUUAGAGAAAACCAGUACAUCAAGAUCGAUACUAUUGCAGCUGAUGAGAGCUUUACCGAGCUGGACUUGGGGGACAGAGUUAUGAAGCUUAAUACUGAGGUCAGAGAUGUGGGACCACUGACCAAGAAAGGUUUUUACCUUGCCUUCCAAGAUGUGGGAGCAUGCAUUGCUCUAGUUUCUGUUCGUGUGUACUACAAGAAGUGCCCCUCAGUGGUACGUAAUUUAGCACUUUUCCAAGACACAAUCACUGGAGCAGAUUCAUCACAACUUUUGGAGGUAUCAGGAACGUGUGUCAACAAUUCGGUGACUGAAGAGGCUCCCAAAAUGCACUGCAGUGCAGAAGGGGAGUGGCUUGUUCCAAUAGGAAAGUGUAUGUGUCAAGAAGGAUAUGAAGAAAAGAACAAUACUUGUCAAGCAUGUCGUUCAGGAUUUUUCAAGUCUUCCCCUCAGAGUCAGUCGUGCAGCAAGUGUCCACCUCACAGUUAUGCUCAUCAGGAAGCAUCAACUUCUUGUGUUUGUGAGGAUCGCUAUUAUAGGAGAGAAUCUGACCCACAUACAAUGGCCUGUACAAGGCCACCGUCAGCUCCACGCAGUGCUAUCUCCAACAUCAAUGAAACAAGCGUGUUCUUAGAAUGGAUGUUCCCUGCGGACACGGGUGGAAGGAAAGAUGUCUAUUACAAUAUUGUAUGCAAGAAGUGUAACUCCAUCUCCAGCUUAUGUGAGGAGUGUGGAAUACAUGUCCGUUAUAUACCUCAGCAAACCGGCCUGAGAAACUCGACUGUAAUGGUAAUAGAUCUGCAGGCACACACAAAUUACACCUUUGAAAUUGAGGCUGAGAACGGCGUGUCUGAGCUGAGCCUGGGAUCUAGGCAGUAUGUCUCUGUAAAUGUCACCACCAACCAGGCUGCCCCGUCUCCAGUCACUCAUGUGAAGAAAGGAAAAAUCGCCAAAAAUAGCAUUUCCUUGUCUUGGCAAGAACCAGAGCGACCCAACGGUAUCAUCCUGGAAUAUGAGAUCAAAUACUUUGAAAAGGACCAAGAAACCAGCUACACAAUUAUCAAGUCUAAGGAGACAGAAAUCAUUGCAGAGGGUCUAAAGCCUGCGUCAUCCUAUAUAUUCCAGAUCCGAGCACGCACAGCCGCAGGGUAUGGUGCCUACAGUCGCAGAUUUGAGUUUGAAACCAGCCCAGUGUCAUUUGCUGCAACCGGUGAUCAGAGCCAGAUUCCUAUAAUAGCUGUGUCCAUCACGGUGGGGGUUAUUCUACUAGCUGGAAUUGUUGGUUUUCUUCUCAGUGGAAGGCGGUGUGGAUACAGUAAGGCUAAGCAGGAUCCAGAAGAGGAAAAGAUGCAUUUUCAUAAUGGACACAUUAAACUGCCCGGAAUAAAAACAUACAUUGAUCCUCAUACCUAUGAAGACCCAAACCAGGCAGUACAUGAAUUUGCCAAGGAAAUCGAUGCUUCCUGUAUAACUAUUGAGCGAGUUAUUGGAGCAGGUGAAUUUGGGGAAGUUUGCAGUGGUCGAAUUAGACUUCCUGGAAAGAGAGAGUUUCCUGUGGCAAUCAAGACUCUUAAAGCUGGAUACACUGAUAAGCAAAGACGAGAUUUUUUGGGAGAAGCAAGUAUAAUGGGACAAUUUGAUCACCCAAAUAUCAUUCACUUGGACGGAGUCGUCACAAAAAGUAUGUAGCUUUUUUUAACUGAUUACAUAAUAAUUUUCAACUUUUUUUAA